UGUAGAAGUGAACUUUCUAGUGAAUCACUUCACAGAGUUAUCAAGCCUUAGAAGCUCUCAGUCGACAUUGUGAAUUGAAGAAAAUGUUGGGAGGUAAAUUGAAGUCAUUCUGGAGAUUAUUAGGUCUGGAAAUAGCAGAGCCCCCACCUCACCGGAAUAAAGUUGCUAACGAGUCGGUGAACGGCGGCACGAAAUUGGCACUCUCAUGGACUAGUUGUCAUGUUUGUGUGGAGGAGAACAAAGCCUGCAAGUGUGAUUCUGCAGAUGAAGACGUGAAGAAAGAAGUUAAUGGAAUGGAUGAUGGGGAGCACCAUGUGAGGGCUAAUAGCUCUUUUACUCAUGCUGUCAUCAAUAUGGUUGGAAUGCUAAUUGGGCUUGGGCAGCUCUCAACACCCUAUGCACUGGAGAAUGGAGGGUGGUGUACAGCAAUCCUUCUUGUAGGACUUGGAAUUAUUUGUGCAUACACAUCAUAUCUACUAGGGAAAUGCCUAGAAGAGAAUUCCAAGUCAAGGAACUACCAAGAUAUUGGACAAAAUGCAUUUGGGAUAAGAGGGAGAGUGUUAGCUUCAACUUUCAUAUACUUGGAGAUCUUCAUGGCCUUAGUAUCCUACACCAUCUCUUUAAGUGAUAACCUCUCUACUGUUUUCAGUGGAGCACAAGUUUAUUUGCCAGGGCUUCAUGGUCUCUCAACAUCUCAGGCUCUGACAGUUAUAGCAGUCUUAGUGGCACUGCCUAGUCUGUGGCUAAGAGAUUUGUGUUCCAUAUCUUUCCUAUCUUCUGGAGGGAUCUUGAUGUCUCUAGCCAUUCUUUCAAGUGUAGGGUUAUGUGCUGUGUUUGGUGGAGUCAAAGCAAACCACAGGAUACCAGUGCUUCAGUUGCAUAAGGUUCCUGGGAUUUCUGGCCUUUACAUCUUCAGUUAUGCUGGCCAUAUUGUCUUCCCAAACAUCUACAAAGCCAUGAAAGAUCCCUCCCAGUUUACUAAGGUGUCAAUUACGACCUUCACUCUGGUUACAAUCCUCUACACAGCUCUAUCAUUCAUGGGUGCCAAGUUGUUUGGGCCUCAUGUAAACCCGCAGAUCACUCUUAGCAUGCCUCCACAUCUCAUCGUUACCAAAAUAGCACUAUGGGCAACUAUACUGACCCCCAUGACUAAGUAUGCACUUGAAUUUGCGCCAAUCGCAAUACAACUUGAGCAUAGCCUUCCAAGAUCAAUGAGUUCCAGAAUGAAGAUGUUCAUCAGGGGUAGCUUUGGAUCAUUACUCCUUAUAGUCAUCUUAGUGUUAGCUCUCUUAAUCCCUUACUUCCAACAUGUUCUUGGCUUAACUGGAUCCUUGGUUAGUAUUAGUAUUUGUGUUAUAUUUCCUUGUGCUUUCUACACCAAGAUAUGUUGGUCUCAUAUAUCAAGGCCUCAUCUACUCCUUAAUGUGUCCCUAAUUGUAUUUGGGUCUUUCUUCGGGGUAAUCGGAACCGUUUCGUCGUCUAAAUCACUUUUCAAGAGCAUACAAAAUGGCCAUGCUCAUUGAGAUGAAGAAAUCCCAAUCGGCAUGAAUCCGGAGUUCUUCUUCUUCUUGUUCUUGAGGGGAAAUAUAUGAGAAGAAGAAAAAUGUAUCAGCAAACAUUGUAGGCAAUAUAAAGAAUAUUAGAAGGUAGAUAUGGGUGUUAAAGAUUCGAAUAAUUAUUUGAGUUUUAAUGAAAUGGUUAUGUUGCUUUCUCUUUAUGAUAA